AUUAGCCUUUUUUCCAGUUCUGUUCUUUUCUGUGUUUUUAAUCAUGAAUUUGAAGGAAUCCCCCUUCCCAGCAUCUUGUUUGAAUUUUGCUGUUGAUGUAAUUAUUCUAAAUGCCGUGUUGAAGUGUGUGCAAUUGUUUUUUGAAGCUCCUGAGAUUUUUUACUUUUGCAAAUGCCUUUUCAAAACCGUUUUAAAAUAAAUUUGGUGAUUUUAUUUUUUACACCUCUGUAACUCGUCUCAUUUUUGAGAGGGUCUCCCGUUUGUAAGCUGUAUAAACAAAUGUCAGUGUUUGUCGCCAUCUAGUGGCAUCUUGUCUUUACUACGUUGUAUUUAGUUUCAUUCCCUUUUUUUAAUUAAAUGUGAGUGAUAGUAAUAGUAUUCUCCUAGUAAUGUAUCUUUUGUGUCUAAUUGAAAGUGAAGUGAGGUUUAGACUUGAAACUAGAAGAACUGCAUGGUUGCAUUAGUAUGUCUGUCCUUGUCUAGUUAAACUUUUACCACCCCUGUGUUUUGAAAAAGAGUCCACUUCCAUAGCAACGUGCAAUGUGUCUGUAAUUACACUGAGAGCUGCUGGUUCAGUGUGUCCGUAUCAAACCGUGUGACUCGACUCUCUGGCCCUCGAGUUCGGUCUGAGGUGGACUAGUUUCAAAAGGACACUUUCUCAGCCUGGGCCUUUGGUGGCAGAACCUCAUUUAUAAGGCAAAGCGCUUACACCACCAAGAUGAAAGGAAUGUGAUUAUUAUUAUUUUUUUAAAUCAAAGCAAUAGAAGAAAAGGCAGAAAGAAGUGAACUCUAGAGGAAUGCACAGAAUGCAGCAUUAUGGACGCCAAGUGCCAUAAGAAACAAGUGUACGUUUUGGGUACAUAGGCUAAGAAGUAGAGCGAGGAGAAGGAGAAGAAGGAAGUCAUGUAACAUUACGGAUUCCAGAGAACAAAACAAACUAAAUGGUCAUAAUCAUGUGUGGAGCAGUUUCAAAGGAGUUACCAAACCUCACAGAUGAUAAUUUUGAACACACACUGGUGUCCGAUGACAUACUGGAUCACUUCUUCAAUGAUUUCUUAAGCAUGCCGUGCUUUUCAGAGGCUCUGCUGCACAACCAGGAGACUGGACUGUUUGAGGUGGUGAGUGGAGCAGCGGAGACGAUCUCCAGAAGAAUCCGAUCAGUUCUUCAACACAGCAAAUCACAACUCCUCACUGGUGACCCCUCAAUGCUGACCAUAACUCCUGUGGACAACCAGUACACAGUCUGUUGCUUGGAUGUAAAGCAAGGAAUUGAGUGGAUCAUGAGGGAAAGAUUGCCCUUCUUCCUCAAGAGUGACUGCUACACUGAAUACAGACUUGCCAAGUUGUUGUGUCAGUGGGAGCCAACCCUCUGUGUCCAGAGAAUGAAAAGCAGCUCACACUCCCUGGAGAACAUUUCAUCAAAACAAGGGACGCUGACGAAGAACAUUACAUAUUUGCUCUCUGACCACAAAGAACAUACAAAAUACAGGAAGUCGUCCAGAUGUAUCUCCAGCUGCUCUGAGGCAGACAACUCACGUUCCUUUUCCUCUCAGUCUGUGCCAUGUUCCUCCUUCUCCAACCAUAAACGUGAUGAAACUCAGGAACUCCAGAGCCCACAAAUGGAGUUGCAUGUCAGCUUUACAGAGCCACCAGCUGGCAGUUCAGAGAUGCAUUAUCUCGAGGAGUCCAUGAGCCAGAGCUGUGAUUCCUCUGAAUUGCAGCUGGAGAACGUGUCUGACAGAGAGGUUAAACAAAUGCUCAACAAUGCUCUCAACAUAAUGGAUGAUCAGAGCCAGGGAAACAUCUCUGACUGUUUCAACAAGCCUGGAGAACAGACAAGCUGCACCAGCAAAGAGAAACGGUGUGAAUGUAAAGAAAGACUGAAGAGGAACAGAGAGGAAGUUCAGGCAGACAAGUGGGGGAGUGGAGCGGAGAAGAACACAGAAUGGGAUGAGAACACGGAGGAGAGGUGUUGGGGUACCGAUCAAGAAAAUGUCUGUGAUAUAUGUUGCCAUGGUACCUGUUGCCAUGACAAUAAACCAGGAUUGGAUGAGUUCAAGGAGUUUUUACAAGGAACACCAGGAGAAAAGCUGCUUAGUCUCUGGAUGGACAUAGAAAAACUGAAAGCUCUGCAGCACGGAGAACGGAAGAACAGGUACUUGGUCCUGAUGAGGUGUCGAUACCUGCUGAGCAGCAGUCACAGCAGCCUGAACACAGAGCUGCUCUCUAGACUGGGGCUGAUUACCUCCCCCUGCUGGUCAGAAGAGAAUCUGCGUUUAGUCCAGCCCUGCCUCACUGAGGCCCUGCUCUACUAUUGGGCUCCGCGGUUCUGGAGGUCUCAGGAAGUUCAGGAUGACCAUGAUGACGAUCUGUGGACAGAGUGGUGGAAUUGCCCUUCACAAGACAGACGGCCUCAGAGUGAUUCCUUGACUGAAUCCUCUUCCCACCCUGACGCCUCUGUGCCCCAGUCCUCCACAACUGACCCUACACAGAUACUGGAAGAGAGAAGACUGGAGAACAUGUUGCAGGCUCUCUGUGUGGACUCACGCGCCGGCUCCUACUUCACACACUUUUGUGAACAAUCGCAAAACCAGCUGUGGGAGAAUGCAGUUUACUUCUGGACUGACCUGCAGCACUACCAUGAACUUUUCUACCAGGAUGGUCUGGAUCCCUACAGAGUACGGAGAGAGGCCCAGCUCCUAUACUCCACAUAUCUGUCCACUUCUGCUAAGAGGAGUGUCGGCGUGGACGAGGAGAUCAGAAAGGAGGUGUAUGAGCGACUGAUACCUGCUUAUGAGGAGCUGUUUGACAAAGCUGAGGAGCACAUACUGGAUAUUCUGCUGCAGCCGUGGAUGUUGUUGGUCAGCAGGGACAAAGAGUCCUUCCAGCAGGUGCGUAUGCAUGAGCGGGUGCACACGGUGGACAGUCAGGAGUACAGGGAGCUGCAGAGUAUGUUGAAGGAAUCAGAGCGUCUUAAACAGUGCAAUUCUGCUGCUUCUGCCAACCACUCAAAGGAUGACUUGUCCGACUCCUGGUCCAAAGUAUCUCCAAAUUACCAAGGUUAUGGUCUGGCUUCCUUGCUUCGUCACCGCCAUGAGAUUGGGCACUUUAUGUCUUUCCUCGAUGAUCAAGACGCCAGUGUUCACCUGACAUGUUGGCUGGAUCUGGAGCGGUACAAGAGGACUCGUCCAAAGGACAAGACUGUCAAUCGAGAGAGGUCGUCCCACAUCGCAGCCAAAUACCUCAACAGGAAGUAUUUCUUUGGCCCUGAAAGCCCUGCCUCAACAGAACAACAGGACGAGAUUUUUCAUAUGGUAGGUGGAAUGGACCAUCUGAAGCCCGAGUGUCUCUCAGACCUCGUCAUCGCAGAAAUCCAGGACAUUGUCAAGAAUCACCUUGAGAAAACAUGGCUGCCCAAGUUUCUGUCCACAGGAGAGUUCGUAGAGCGACAGAGACAAAAACCACAGCUCCGAUCAUCAGCAGGCAAGCGCUCUCAGUACGUCCCCCGUCGAAGCAGGAGGAGGAGAAAACACUGGAAGGUCGACAGCUGGAUGAGUUCCUCCAAAGAGAUUCUCCAGUUUCGACAGUUCUUACUCAACCCCAUCACUUGUACACAGUUCCAGCACUACGUGUCCCUGAAGGGAGACUUCCUGGAAAAUGACCUGCUCUUUUGGUUGGAGGUCCAGAGAUAUAAAGACCUUUCUCAUUCUCACAGUGAAGAAACCACCAUCCAGCAGAAGAUCACCACCAUCAUCAACUGUUUUAUCAACUCAUCCAUGAACCCCAAGCUGCGCAUAGACAUUAGUCCUGAACAGGCCCAGUACAUUCUGGAGAAACGCCAUGAGAUCGGCCCUUACAUCUUCAGAGAAGCACAGCUGUCAGUGUUCAAUGAACUACUCAAGUUUUGGCCCAAAUUCCAAGAGUUGAGCAAAACUGUCCGAGAGGAGCAGCUCCUUCCUCUACUGCAGGCGAAGCGGGCCAAACACAAAAACAGAUUACGACGACAAAGGAGGAAAGAGGAGGAGGAGGAACAGGAGGAGGAAGAGGAGGAGAGGAGGAGAAAAGCUCAUGAAGAGUGGGAGAAACAAGAAUCUGACAACUCAGACAGUGACUCGGACACGGGAGAAGCCAAAAGUGACUGGAAGACGUGGAGCAAACAGCUGAUGGCGCCCAAACAGCCGCUUUCAUGGUCCUACUCCAAGUAUGUGGCAGCUCUGAAGCAAGAGGAGGUGCAGCUGAGUAAGACUCCACCAGAAACCUCUUUCUCCACAAUCUCAGACGACUCGUCUUUCUACAGCGCGAGGUCAGCGGAGAGCGAUGUCAGGCGGUCACAUCGCUCGUCCAGAGCAGACAGUAAACAGUGUAACAUGUAUAACAGGAGGUGAACGCUGCUCGUUCGACAGCUCCAAACCACAUUCUGCCUCCGAAAACAUACAGGCCGUCCGUUGUUUGCUGCAGAAGAUGUAAGACGUUCGGGUUUCACACAAGGUGAAACCAAAGCGUAAGCGUCGACUUCCUGUGGCAAAGGUGAGACAGACUGAGGCCGUUAUCGGAGAACAAGUGAAAACGGAGCUGCUGGGUUUGUGAUGUAAGAAUAUUUUUUUUCAAACCCAGUAGAAGAAACACACCGACCAACAUUUACUUCUGUUUCACAGCUUGUGUGUGACACCUGCUUCUACUGACGUGAAGACAAAUGAAGCUGACUGUAUAAGUUAUUCAGGUUUCACCUUGUACACAAUGACUUUCACAUUAUUAUCAUUUAUUGUUUUUAUUGUCUUAAUAUCCAUUUAUAAACAUCGAAGGCAUCAUUAGACUUUUUACAUAGGACUCAGUAGUGCAACAGUAACAUGUUGGCAACAAUGUUAACUACAACAGAACAUUGUUUAAACAAGUAUGUUACAUCAUGAAUAAAAACAUUUUGGUUGACA